AUGGCGGCGAUGUGGCGUCUUUGCCUACUGUCAGUUUGCAGCAGAUCCCUAGCUGCUCCGAAAGACGACGAGGUUCACAGCCUUCCCGGUUGGUCGGGCGGGCUCUUCUCCAAGACGUAUUCAGGCUACAUCCCUGCAGGCGAGGAGGACGGCCAUGAGAUGUUUGAGCAUUACUUGUUCUUCGAGAGUGAAGGCAAUCCGACAGACGAUCCGCUAAUCAUGUGGACGAACGGUGGACCUGGAGCAUCUUCCUUGCUGGGAUCAUUCACAGAGCUUGGGCCGUACUUUCUGGCAGAUGCUUCUCUUCAGACGGAGGACUAUCGGACUUCCGGAGUUCCAACCCUCUUCGAGAACGACUAUCGAUGGACGAAGCUUGGCUCGCUGCUCAUUCGCAACUUGCCGCCUCCAAUCGGUUUCUCCUACUGCAAUCCCACCGGACCCAGUGGUGACGGGUACAGCUGUGGCUCCUGGAAUGACACGAAGACGGCGAAGCACAGCCUGAUCUUCAUGCAGAACUGGAUGAAGGCCUUCCCAGAGUAUUCUUCCAACCGGCUCUUCCUCGUCGGUGAAUCCUACGCGGGCCUCUACGUGCCGAUGCUAGCGCAGCAAAUCCUCGAGGCCGGAACCAUGCGCCUGGAAGGCAUUGCCGUCGGCGACGGCUGCCUCGGCGGCCCGGGCAACGAGGGAGGGUGCUUCCCCAGCACCGGGCCUUACUUCACCGUGGAGUUCUUCCAUGGCCACGGUCAGUUCUCGGACAAGACAUACAAGCUGAUCCAGGAAGCCUGCUCCAAAGAGGAGCUGGUGAACGGAGCGAAGACGGCGCAGUGCCAUGCAGCCCUGGAUAAGAUGGACCAAGAAAGAGGUUACAGCUUCGACUAUAACCUCUAUGAUGAAUGCUACGACUUCGACUUGGACAGCGGGACCGCGGCCCCGUCGAUGCUGCGACGAAGUUCCAGGCUUCGCUCCUGGCGGCAGCUUUCCUUGCACCAGAACAGCUACUGGCACAUGGAUGGUGCACCCUGCGGCGGCGUCCAUGCUAUGUUCAAGUGGGUCAACACAAGUGCGGUCAAGAAAGCCCUGCACGUAGCAAGCGAUGCCCGCUUCUUCACGGGAGACAACGGUGUGGGCUUCACCUACAACUCGACACAGCCAAGCCUGGUUCCGUGGUACUCCAGCGCGGAGGCCAAAAAGCUGCGGAUCCUCAUUUACGAUGGGGACGCAGACCCCGGCCUCAACAGCUUCUACGCACAAAACUGGACGUCUUCGGCUGGCAUUCCAGAGUUGGAGUCCUGGCGUCCGUGGACACGGGAUGGGAAGAUCAAGAUGGGUGGCUAUGUCACGCGCUACGAGGACCAUUUCGAUUUCGCCACAAUCCGCGGUGCUGGACACAUGGUGCCGGAAUACAAGCCAGAAGCGGCCUUCGUCAUGCUCCGAUCCUUCCUGAACGCAGAGGAAGCCAAGAGAGUCAUGGCGCCACGGGCAACACUUGUGCGACAGCAUGGGCAAGGUCAAUCUCAGAGCCAGCCCGGGCGGAGAACUUUGGGGGUCUUGGCAUGUUGGCUCGCGAUGUAUCUGCUUCCGGCAACGGUGCUUUUUGUUCCAGGCGUUCGAGUCAUGCCCCAGAGUCUGACGCUGGGGACGGCUAUCCGAUUAAAUGCCCAAGAUGCGGACGCAGAGCCCUCUUCUGCAGAGAUCCAGAAGCUGAAGGCUGAGCUCGAACUGGCCCAGGCGAGGGCCGCGGCCGCGGAGGCCAAAGCCGCUCUGGCCGCCGCGCAGACGCAAAGCUCAGCGCCAAUAACGGCACCCUCGGAGGCUGCCGAGGGCAGUGUGGCGACGGUGCUUGAGCCGGAGGUCGUGGAGUCCUCCUUCUCCUUAUCGGAUUAUUCUCAGACUGAGCAGAGACCUGCCCAGUUCCUGUUCGGAGAGAAGGGCGCAGCUUUCUUUGACCUCUUGGACCGGCUAGAAAACAUUCCGGACGCAGGAACCACAGUCCUGGACGAGGUGCUGCGUGGCUGGUUCCUUGCGAUCUAUCAGCUUUCAGCAGUUUCGGGCUCUGCCAUCCUGCCCGAAAAUGUUCCGGACGGAGUUCGAAGCAACGUCGCAGAGCUAGGAGCCGCUAUGGAUGCCGAUGUUUUGGCGACGCUCCUGCUCGACACGGACAAGGGUGGUGACUGGCGGCCCUGCCUGCAGCGACUGCGCAGCGCCCGCCUUUCCGACAUAAUGUCAGAUGCGCUCAACUGGACAACGAUCUUUCCAGAUCGGCUUAAUGCUCUCACCGAGCUCUCCAUGCUUGACAGCAAAUCCCGUGUGAUCGACUUCUUGGCCAGCGACUCCUUCAAAGACUGUGGGAGUUGGUCCGAUGCUGAGGUCAUUGCUGCUGAGAACCUCAUCUCAAGCGAUCCAAAGCUUGUGAAGAUCUUUGACAGGAUUGACAAGGUCAAAUCCUCUAUUGCGGAGAACGUGCGGAAGCAGUCGAUCAUCCCCAUCGUCGGAUUAGUCUUGCUGGUGGCUGCCGUCGCUUUCUUCUGCAAUGGCAUCAAUCUAGGUGAAGUGGAGGGCAUUAUUGUGGUUAUCGAUUCCACGGACAAACUGCGUUUCGCCGUCGUCAAGGAUGAGCUGGAAACCAUGCUUGCAGACCCUAGAAUAGCUGAGAAGAAGAUGCCCAUCUUGUUCCUCAACAACAAGGUUGAUCAGCCGGCAGCUUCGCCACCCCAGGAGACAAUGCAGGCACUAGGCCUCGAUCGCAUCACCGACAGGCCGUGGCAACUCUUUUCCUGCGACGCCCUCAAAGGCGAUGGGGUUGAGGAGGCAAUAAAGUGGCUAGCGGAAAACAUGACCAAGUGA